AUGUCCUGGACACAAAAAACCAUAUCCCUCCCCUCCAAAUCCCGCGGCUCCUAUCUCAUCACCGACCACAUCGUAUCCUCGAUCCCGGAAAUCAAAAACUAUAAAGUUGGACUUCUGAAUUUAUUCAUUCAGCAUACGAGUUGUGCGCUGAGUUUGAAUGAGAAUUGGGAUGAGGAUGUUAGGGCUGAUAUGAGUGAUGCGUUGGAUAGGAUUGCGCCUGAGGAUAGGAAGGGAGAGUUGUAUAGACAUAGUGCGGAGGGGUUGGAUGAUAUGCCGGCACAUAUCAAAUCGGCGUUGGUAGGAGCCAGUGUUACGAUUCCGAUCACGAAUGGAAAGUUGAAUACGGGUACUUGGCAGGGUAUAUGGUAUUUGGAGUUUAGAGCUAGCAAACAUAGUAGGAAAGUCGUUGCUACCAUUCAGGGGGAGAAAAUGUAA